AUGAGCUAAAAAUUCAUAUGUUUAAUAUAUGAAAAUGCUUUGGGGAGAGGGCUUCGCCCCUCCCCAACAUGUACUAUUUUACAUUUUUCGACUGAAAAGAACAGACCAUAAGUCUCUGUAUUACCGACAUGACAGAUUUCCUAACCUCGCAUGUGUCACUUUUUAACUAUUUAUUUCUCGCAAACUAGAGCCGAGCGACCAUUUUUACUUGCAGAUUCGGCUUCUACACGUCAAAAUACAUAAGAUAGGUUGUAAAUUAUCUCAUAUAUGUGAAGUAAUAGAUGAUGAACGGAUACACAACAAAACAAUUACAAAGGUUGGAAAAAAAGAAGAAAAAAGUGGCAGCAUUUUUAGAAAUUGCGAAACUCAAUGACAGAGAUAAAGAAAUAAAAUUGCAGUCUCAAGAAGAGACAUCAAUUGUUGAUGAUAUAUUAAGUAAACAGAAUAAUAUUGAUAUGACUGGAGAAGAUUCUAAUAAACGAUCCCGUGACAUGGAUACAGAUGAUAUAAACAGGUUGGAUUACAUUAAGGACAAAGGAAAUUCUAAUGCAACAGAUGAAAUAGAAUUACAGGCAAAUAAAAAACCUAGAUUAAAUGGUGAAGAAUAUGCAAUCUUGAAACAAGAACUGAGAGAACGUAAAAAGAGGCUUACAACAAUUCCAAGGCUUACUCUUAAAGCAGGUGGUGAAAAUGCUACUUUAGAAGCAAGUAAAGUGGGAAAGAGGAUACCUAUAUUUCUCAGUGAUGUGCAACAUCUUCUGCUAUACUCAUUACUCGGGAAUUAUUCUCCCUAUCUACCAUCACGAUGGUGUCAAUUGGAGAAACACAAUAAAGUAUCCCACACUGUAGUUUUUGUGAUUGAAGGAUUAUCUUUGUAUCAUUUUGUGGCGCACGAGAGCAUGUUUCCACACAUAACAAACAACUUAAAAUACCAGUUGGAGGUAGUAACACCUGCUAUCUACGGAGCAUCUAUAAUAGAAGAACUUGCAGCUGUUCCUUUAACAGGAACACAGAGUUCUAAAUUAAUCAAACAAUAUGGUUCUUUGGAAACUGCUUUACAAACUACUGGAAAUGUUAUAAGAUUAUUAAAAACUAUAUUCCCAGUAUGUCCUAUAAAUGAUAAUAAAAUGGAAAUGGAAGCUUGCAAAAAUUUACCACAAUCCGACAAAUUCUGCAGAACAAAACUGCUCUUGUCACUGUGGCAAAUGGUGGAAGAAAAUUACCCUGUACCUUUGAAAGGAAUUUUAGCAGAAAAAUACAAUUCAUAUGUAUUGACAAAGGACCAUUACAAAGAAGCUAUAGCAACGUCUCCGAUGUUCGCUUUAGAUUGCGAAAUGUGCAGGACAACCAUAGGUGAUCUGGAACUUACGAGAAUUAGUAUUGUGGAUGAGAAACUAAAUAUUAUUUAUGACAGCCUAGUGAAACCAGAUAAUGAGAUAACGAAUUAUCUGACUUGCUACAGCGGUAUUACCAAAGAAAUGUUGGAAGACGUUACGGUUAGAUUAAGUGACGUUCAGUCUGUAUUAAGAACUAUACUUCCUCCGGAUGCGAUUCUCGUGGGACAAAGUUUGAACUCUGAUCUCCACACAUUGCAAAUGAUGCAUCCUUAUAUCAUUGACACUUCAGUGAUAUUCAACGUAACUGGUGAUAGGUAUAGGAAAACAAAGCUGCGAAUUUUGGCGCAGGAAUUUCUCGGGGAAAGUAUUCAAAUGAAUCCAACAGGACACUGUUCAGCAGAGGAUUCAAAGGCUUCUAUGAAAUUGGUCCAGUUAAAAUUAGCAAAUAGCGUAAAUUAUGGGGAUGCAGUAUUGCUCGGUGAUUGCAACAUGGAAGUGUUAAAAAUGAAAGUCAAUACAGAGACGAUAUCACAAAGAAUGUUGCAGAAGUUGGAAGCUAAAAAAUAUGCUAUGUCGAUAUUUAGUCAUUUAACAAAGGACAAAACCACUGCCGCCAUCGUGGGCAAGGAGGAAGUAUUAUCGGAAUAUGCCAAAUAUUUAGAGAGUUCCUCCUUGAAUGUUAUGAAUGAUGAAAAUUUUACUAAAGACGAUAAAGUACGUCUCGUAAUAGCGGAAAACAAUAAACACGCGGUAACUAGGACCUCCGAAAUAACAAUGGAGCACGGUUUUACAAUAUGCCACCUAAGGAUUAAAGAAGGGGAAUUAGUAGAUGAGCGAGUAGAAAAAACAUUUCGUACUGUGAACAAAUGGGUGGAUAAAAUUUGGCAGAGUAUCGCAGUAAACGGCCUUGCAUGUGUGUUAUUCACUGGACAAAAUAACGCUGGAAACGGUGCUUGUUUUUUAAAUAUCAAGAAGGAAACGUCGCCUGUUACUUGUGCUUAGAAAAUAUUGCAAUAUAUUAACAUCAGUCUUGAAUAAAAUUGAAAUUCAACAAAAAAUUCUAGCUCGAUGACAUAUAAUCUGAAAGAAAUUCUUUAUCAAAUUAAUCAAAAAUUCUUGAUUUUUAAAUAAAACUUAAUUUUGUUUACACUGAUUGUCUAAUAUGUAUUUAAUCAACUAAUAAUUUUAUAUUAAAUUAUUUUAAUGUGCAUAUAUAACAUAUUUCUUCUGUAAUUCAUGUUAAUUUCUGGUACACUGUAGUUUAUAUGUAUCCUCGAAAUUAAGAUAAUUCGAUCAAGUUACUAUUUGAUAUAGGUAUCAAACAAUAUAAACAAGCAUUUUUACUACUUU